UUGUGCUCUCAAGUCUUGGCAAGGGCUGUUGUCAAAGAUUGAAGUAGUUUGCAGAAAGUUUUCCUUCUGUCUAGGACGACCAGCUAAGGUAUAAAUUUGACUUAAAUUUGGUAUUUUGUCUUCACUAGGAGAGAAAUACGAACAAAAAUCACCAGUGGUGCCAAAUUUAGCCCAGCCGAAACUCUCUUCUUGUUGCAUAAUUUCUUAUUGGAAAAAACCCAUUUUAUGAGUGACAAUAAAUAAAAUCCAUGAUAAAUUAAAUUUAAGACUAAAGUUUGUGAACAAGGAAACACUACUCCUGAAAAUGACCUAGACAAUUUCAUCUUGCCUCGUUGAUGCUUCCUAGAUUGACAAUUUCAAGCAGUGUCUUCAGUGUUUUCGCUAGUGUAUGAUGGCAUCCUUACUGUGUUGGAGCAAUUCUUUUUCUGGACUCAUGCUUGUAUUGUUCUACAUGGUUGUUACGAGUAAUGGAUACAUCGUAGACCUGACAUUAGUGACCAAUCACCCCCUCCUGGAUCCUCCCGACACACGUGAUCAAUAUAUCAGCGCCUACCUGGGACAGAAAGAUGCAAGCAUCAUAGACAAUAUCUCGUUUGGCCGAAUUGUUCGUACAUUUGAUACUAAACUCCCGAACCAUAUCGACAACAAAAAUGAAAGUCAACGUAUAAGAAAGUUUAUCUUCGAACAGUCUAAUCAAACCUAUGCAAUAGGAGCAUUCUACGUAGCUUUCGAAUAUGAAGGAACCACGCGUAAUACUUCAACUGUUGUCUUGAUGCAUAACGCAACAAUCCUGCCUGAACAGACAACAUUGACUGUCCAUGUCGGAGAAACUGUUACAAUCGCUGUUGUCACCAACGUAACGGAAGAUGACCUCCGGUGGCGGUUUAAUGAUGAUAUGAGGAUACCUGACAGUAGUAGAAAGCAGAGCCUAACUUUGGAGAACGUGCAGCUAAACCAAGCUGGGGUAUAUAAGUGUUUUACUGGAAGACGAUGGGAUGCAGAAAAUGCAAUAUUCCUUCUUCAUGUCGUCAGAUGCCCAGCUCAUCGUUGGGGAUCUGAAUGUGAACAUACCUGUACUGAGUGUCUCAAUGGAGGCAAGUGCGAUGCAGACUCAGGAGAGUGUGUAUGUCCUCCUGGUUUCAACGGGACAACAUGUAAACACGUCCUGGGCAGCAACCGGUUCGGGCAGGAUGGCAGCUUUUCUUGUGAUUCCUCAGGAGAUGAUCACAAUCCAGGGUGUCGGGGUAAACUCUUCUGCCUACCAGACCCCUUUGGAUGCACAUGUGCAGCAGGAUUCAUGGGAAUCAAUUGUACAACAGAAUGUAACCCAGGGACGUAUGGAGCAAAUUGUUUGCAAGAGUGCCACUGCUCUCCAAGUAACAUCUGUACCAAGGAUACAGGAGAAUGCAUUGACGGGACUGCGUGUCAAGAAGGCUGGACUGGUGUCAACUGCCAAGGUGAUUUUUAUUUUUUCCAAAUUCUCAGUUUUCAUAGUAAUUUUUUUUUAAAUUUUGAUUUAUUUAAUAUACAAUAUUAUCACAGAAUAAACAUAUCACAAUUGACGAGCCAACAUUCAUUUAUUGCGCUUGUCAAAGCAAGAGGUAAAGACACAUAAACGCAUUUUUGGAUUAAACAGAUUAUUAGUUUAAGCUUAUUUGUGGCUAGAUUUGCAGUUAGUUAUCGUUUGAAACGCAUUCCCUGCU